AUUAUCUAGCUAUCCAGCUAUCCUUAGUCUAAAACUCGACAUGCUAGUCAGGUCCAUGUUCAAAGCAGGUUUAAUUUGUGUAGUCGAGCUGGUUAGAGUAGCUGUGAGUGUGGGCUAACUUACUUACUAACUAACUAACUAACUAACUAGCAGCUUAAAGGGAUUGACUGGGGGAGGAUAAAACAAUGAACAUCUCCACGGUUUGAGAGGUUUAACCACCUGUGCUUAUGGUGACGGUUUGUGUUUGGAGAAUUGGAACGUUGUCUGUUGCUAGGAGACGUGCGAUGGCGUCCUAUGGAGGUAAAUUAGCGGGAAUAGAGCCGGGAUCACUCUGAGCUCGGUUUAGUAAAAUGUCAUUGUCAGAUGCAGGUAUCCAGGGACGCUAACAGAGCAGGACACACGCACGCACACACACACACACACACGCACACACACGGAGGGACAUCAACACGGAUCACAUCAGAAAUCUUUUGCGACACCAAAUUCAACGUUGUCACACUUUAGAAAAGAUGUUUGACGCGAUCCGGUCUUUAAUGCAAGAUUUAACUAAGAGCGGAAGAUGUGCAGUAAAUGAUGAUAAAAUCCUCACAUCAUCCGAAGAUCUUCACAUCGAGGACUUCAAAGUUCUCACCUUGCUCGGUAAGGGCUCCUUUGCCUGUGUCUACAGAGCCAAAUCUGUCAACACGGGCUUGGAAGUAGCGAUCAAAAUGAUUGAUAAGAAGGCCAUGCACAAAGCUGGCAUGGUGCAACGUGUCAUUAACGAGGUGGAGAUCCAGUGUCGGUUAAAACACCCCUCAAUAUUGGAGCUGUACAAUUACUUUGAGGACAGCAAUUAUGUGUAUCUGGUCCUGGAGAUGUGCCAUAACGGAGAAAUGAGCCGUUAUCUGAAAGACAGGAAGAAGCCUUUCACAGAAGAUGAAGUGAGACAGUUCAUGCACCAGAUUUUGAAGGGGAUGCUUUAUCUGCAUACACAUGGCAUUAUGCACAGAGACCUGACUCUGUCUAACCUGCUUCUCACCAGUAGCAUGAACAUUAAAAUCGCUGACUUUGGCUUGGCCACGCAGCUCAAGCUGCCUAGUGAGAAGCACUUCACCAUGUGUGGCACUCCCAACUACAUCUCUCCUGAGGUGGCCACCCGGAGUGCCCACGGCCUGGAAUCGGACGUGUGGUCUCUCGGCUGUAUGUUCUAUGCCUUUCUGACCGGCAGGCCCCCCUUCGACACGGACACUGUCAAACACACCCUCAGUAAAGUGGUUUUAGGGGAGUACCAGAUGCCCACUCAUGUGUCAGCUGAGGCUCAGGAUCUUAUUCAGCUGCUGCUGCAGAAGACUCCUGCUCUGAGGCCCAGCCUGUCAGCAGUGCUAGACCACCCUUUCAUGACUCAGAGUGGAUCCACCGGAAGCAGAGACUCUGGGGGUAGUGAUGGAGGCUCCAUGGACAGUGGCAUAGCGACAAUAUCUACAGCCUCCAACGCUACCAGCAACAAUAGCAGCAGUCGGCUCCACAGGAAAACCAGGCAGGUGAUUGGGCAGGCCUUACCCAACCGCAUGGUGCCGCUGCCCAGCCAUUCGCAGCAGUCCACCAGCUCCAGCUUUAAAGGAGAGCAGGACUGGCAGCCACAUGCACCAGGCAGUAUGAGGGCUCCUGUGGAUACUGUCAGCGGAAGGCCUCAUUCUCGAUACCUGAGACGGGCUCACUCCUCGGAUCGCUCUGGUGCCGGCUAUAGCCAUGCUAGACAGGUGAUGGAGCGGGAUCGAUGCCACUCCGAGGAGGUGCUUCCAGGAUCCGGUCGAAUUUUCCCAUCAACCUCCAGCUAUCAGGACAAUGGCAGUGGAUAUGCUGAACAUGGACGUCUACCCUCUCCACCUGUCAAACAGCCUGCAAGCUCUGGGUCCUCCUUUUCUGCUCCGGUGCAUCCUAUCAGAUUACAGACAGCAGAAUCUAACACACAGCCCUGGUUCAGCACAGAUGGUUCUUUCAAGAGACCAGCAGACAUCAGCACUUACAGCAGCGGUGGCAGUUUCCAUUCUGGGCGAGAGGCAGUUGGGGCUCUGCCUUCCUGCAGCGACCAACCAACAGCGAGAGCAACGAGUGGCCAUCCUCCUCAGUUAUACCAUCAGUCUUCUCACAGUGACCCCGGGCCCUGUAGGAAGGAUGGGUUCGGAAUGAGCCACUUCCCAACACCUCAGGGCUGUGUAGAUGUCCAAACAGCUCCUCUAUCCAGGAGCAAAGCUAAUGAGGGAAAGGAGAGGAAGAGUCCUCUGUUUCCUCCUCUGUGCGCAGCCAGACUGAAGCCCAUUCGACAGAAGACCAAAAAUGCUGUGGUCAGUAUCCUAGAUUCAGGAGAGGUAUGUAUGGAACUUCUAAAAGGCCAAGGAUCUCAGGAGAGGGUCAAGGAAGUAUUGAGGAUAUCCUCUGAUGGCUCCAUGGUUACUGUGUACCAGCCCAAUGACGGGAAAGGUUUCCCCGUGCUGGAUCAUCCGCCCUCGCCCCCAGAAGACAUUUUUAUAUGCAGCUAUGAAGAUUUGCCAGAGAAGUACUGGAAGAAGUAUCAGUAUGCCACCAAGUUUGUUCAGUUGGUCAAAUCAAAGACUCCAAAAGUAACCUUGUACACCAAGUUUGCCAAGUGCAUGUUAAUGGAAAACUCUCCUAAUGCAGACCUGGAAAUGUGCUUCUAUGAUGGUGCAAAAACCCAUAAGACAAGCGAUCAGGUGCGAGUGGUGGAGACAAGUGGCAAGUCAUACACAGUGAAAGGGGAUGUAGGUGUAAGUGGCGUAAGCCCUGAGUGCAGACGCUACAUGGAGCUCACAGAUGAGGGGCACAGGAUGUGUCUGUCUCUGGAGGCUGCAAUCAGUACUGAGGAGCAACGUAGUGCUGGAGGCACUCCGUUCUUCCCCAUAACUAUUGGCAGGAGGCCCACUAACUCUGCCUCGUCCUGCCCAGUGGCCCAGCCUGCCUCUGAUCGGGCUCCUGCAGCUCCUGUUGAGGUUGCUCAGGUGUACCUGAGUCCACCUCACCAACCCCACAUCACCCCCUCUAUGAUUUCCUACAGUGGGUCUGAUUUUACGACAACCAGUUUGGCUAAAGGCAGCUCACCGCAGUCAGCCAAAGAUGGAUGUAGUGUCAGCACAGGAAAAGUGCUCAAGUCCCUCUUUGUACCCAACAUUGGCUGGGCCUCUCAGCUAACAAGUGGAGAAGUAUGGGUUCAGUUUAAUGAUGGAUCCCAGCUGGUGGUCCAGGCAGGAGUCUCCUGCAUCACAUUCACCUCUCCUGAAGGACACAUCACCCGGUAUAAGGAGAAUGAGAAGUUACCUGAGCUGGUUAAGGAGAAGCUGCAUUGCCUUUCAUCCAUCCUAAGCCUUUUGGCAAGUCCUGCUGCACGACGCUGAGCAGCAACACUUACACAGAAAAGCCCAUGCUAUGAUCACCAUGCACGGUGAAAAGCAGUCAAAAGCACUUGCUUUUUUUUUUUGCUUUUGCUUUUUUUUUUUUUUACUUCAUCCAUUGUAAAUUCUCUUCCUGAAAAUGCAUUAAGUGUCUGUAAAUACAUUUUAUACAGUUGUACAGAUUGUUCCAAAAAUUAUGAAAAGUAUAUAUUUUUAUGUUGUACAGUGUGUUUCUUGAACUUCUUGUAUUGUGCAUUUGUAUUUUUUUACAUUGUGACAGUGUAUCCUCUGGGCUUCAGUGAAAAGUCAGAUGUACAAACAUAAUAAACAUCUGUCUGCUGGCUAA